GGCGGCGGGGACAAACAAUGCUUGCCUUGCUAACCUCGCGCUCUGGGGAGGCUGCUGGCAUUUGCUCUGCUCUGCAAUGCUCCACUCUGCGCUGGGAGCCUCACACCGAGUUAGGGAGACCCUUCUUGGGGGUCUCGGGUUUAAAACAAACUUCCUCAGUCUGGGGAUCUCCAGCACCAAAUUCAUCUGUCCUGUAGCCCCGUUGGACACCAGGUGGCCUCUUCGCAUUUGUUACUGGCAUCAUUCUGAGAUACUGAUGCUGACUCUUCGGAGACAAGUCUGUGAGACAUUUUGGUUGAACCAAAGAUAGAACAAUCAGUAGCAGAUAGUAACAGGAAUUGAUGAGCUCCCCCAAAGAUGGAGACAUUCAGAGACAAGACUGUAGAUGAAUUGAAAGAACUACAGGAAAAUUUGGAAGAGAUUGAACGGUUGGCAUUGGAGUCUAAUGAGGUCCAGAACAUACAGUUGCAAAGGGAGAUGGCUCUGGCUACAAAUCGUAGCCUGGCAGAGCAAAACCUGAAGUUCCAGGACCCUCUGGAAGCAGGACGUGCAAACCUCUCUGACCGAUAUCGAGAUCUGCAAAAACUGAUGGAGCGAUGCCAGAAGCAGAAGUCAAAGCUGGAGCAAUUCUCAACGGCAACACAGCCUGAUACCCUGUUAAAUCUUCUGAAGGUGGAAGGGCAGAAAAUUGAAGAAGAGUCUGAGAUGAUGGCUGAAAAGUUCCUGGAGGGGGAGGUGCCUUUGGAGACAUUUCUGGAGCAGUUUUCCACCAUGAGGAAAUUGUCUCAUCUACGGCGAGUAAAAGUGGAGAAACUUCAAGAAGUGCUGCAAAAAUCUCAAUCCUUGCCAGAGCCAGCAGAUGGCAAUGAAAUUAACCACCAGUCUCCUUCCCACAUAUCUUCUGGACCUAUAAGUCAGCAGCCACAGAAAAGUUCAGUUGGGGAACCACCCUUUCCUUUACCUUAUAGUAUAGCACCUUGUAUUCCAGCAGGUCCUUCAGCUCAUGGGGGUCUCCUGCCAGGUCCAUUUGCAGGAACACCAGUUACAGUGGGACAUGCUGCGUCCUCUCAACCAAGUGUCCAGCCCCCAUUUCCAUAUAAACCACCUGGAUACCCACCUGUUCCUUCAAGUAAUUCAGUGCCCCAGCCUCAGACAGGUGACCUGUCUUCACCAUCCAGGUACUCUUGGUCUCCAUCCAGAACACCCUCUUCUGGACAAGGAUAUCCACAGCUGCCUCUCAGGGCUCCAUCUGUAGCACCAGGAUUCCCUCAGCCUAUGCAGCCUCCCUAUUUUCCAUCAGGAGGAGGGCCACCAUGCCCUUAUCCCACUCAGCCUGCAGCAAUUAGCUUCCCUGUUCCCUCCCAGCCUCCAUAUCCCACAGGUCCAAAUCCCUCCUUUGGGUAUCUACCACCACCACCUCUUCCUCCUCGGGGCCAUACUUGGACUGGAUACUAGACCAGCUUUCCAGACAGUAUUCUUUUACAUGGUAGCUGAAGAAAUGAUUUCUUGCUAGCUAAUGAGCCCUGAGGUGAAAAUUGGGGAGGAUAAUACUGAGAGACAUAUUUACGUGAGCAUUACAUUGAUGGAAUAAAUGAUGGAAUAAUAUUGUUAAGAGCUGCAAAGGAAGGCCGCUGUUUGAUGGUUCUGUUUGUAAGUAAGUAAGUUUGUAAGUAGGCAGCCUCUAAUGGAAGCAGUACUGGCCAAGCAUUUGGUUCAAGCCAUAGUAUAAAAUACACAUAGACCCAGAGCUCUUACUUAAUGUAUCAUGGCACCGUGCUUGCUAAGCUCUUUCAGGCAAACUUAAUUGACAACAACCUGGAUCUGGUCCUUGGUCUGUGUGUGUGUGUGUGUAGUUUUCUAAUUUAGUAUGUUAGAAUAUAUUAAAAGUUCUAUACUGUAUACCUAUAUUCUUAACACAGAAUCUUUGAUGGAGAAAUUGGUCAAUCUUUUCUGAAUGCUUUCUAAAGAAGAAGUCUCUAGUUUCUCUUGGCAUAAGAAAGUACUUCCUUGACAGUAAUGAUAUGUUUGUUAACUCCACAAAGAAAGACAUAGUCUUCACCUGCUCCUAGCUCCAGCAGAUUGCUGAUCAAUUGCUGGAUAUUCCCAUAUAGAACCGUUGGAGAACCCUUGUCAAUCUAAGGGAGCAUGUUUCUUCAUAGGACUGUGCACUAACAGCACUGGAUGAGGCCAGCACCAGAAAUGGAUGAGGCCAGAACCAUUUUGCUCCCUCAUUCUCAUUGUCCGCCCAUUUUGCAACUUAUGGGGAGAGUUAGCUUCCCACAAAGUCCCAAGCUGCUCCCCUAUUCCACGCUGCGAUUAGGUUUUUUGAAAAGCUGCCAUUGCCUAGAUUCUCCUCUUUCUUCCAUAACAGUUAACUAACUUGCACCUUUUUGAUUUCAUACCCUGGAACAAGCCUUACCAUGACUUCUUCAGUCCAUACUGUACCCUUUGAACAAUUACUCUGUGUUUUGUUUGCCAUAAGGAACUUGUCUUCUUGACAUUGCUUGGCAGUUGGUUAGCAUUAUUGACUUAGAGAAAGCCAAAUCACUAUGCAUUUUUAUACUGGGGAAUAAUGAAUGAAAUAAUGUCCUGCUUUCAUCAUUGAGUGUGAUGACCUUCUCAGGAAUUUGGAUUUGUAGCUUCCAACAUAUCCAGAUCCUUUUCUUUAAUAAUCUCUUAAUUUAACAGAGAAUGUAGGAAACAGAGGCAUUUCCCAUCUUUUUGUUCAUUGUUCCACUUCCUUUGGCUGACAAAGAGAAACACUGGCUAUCAGUUGAUAGAAUACAGGAGAUGCAAUGGAAAACAAAAUAGUUUUGCUAAGCACUUUAUCCUCUUGCUUGUCUGUAAUUUAUUUUUUAAAAAUAAUAGAUUUGACUAAGUUGAAUGGCUUUCAGAUUUGAUGGAAGCAAUUCCAUAUAUGUAACUGAUUAUGGUAAUAAAAUGUGAUGAACUGCAUAGAAUCACAUGUUUAUGACUUUUGGAAAUGAGGCUAUAGCUAAUUUAUACUUGAAAUUUUGCAACAUGUUCUCUUUGACUUAUAUUGUAUCAGUAAGGCUCUUCAUUAUUCAUCUCACAUAUUCAUAACUCUUUUGUACUAUCUGACCUUUAUCUUUAACUCUAAUUUACUUAAAGAUAUAUUUUUGUGACUCUAUCUUCCCCAUGGACUAAUAAAUUUAACCCAUCUCAGUUAUUUUUAACAUUGAGGCACCUCUAUUCUCUACAUUUUAAUUUCCAUGAUUCAUUUCCUCCUCCUUUAUUAUUCUGUUACUGUCAUCCCAUUCUCUUUAUAUCCUUCUGUUCCAGUAUAAUUAAAUUACUGCCCAGCCAAUAAUAAUUUAAAUAUUUAACUCCUGCUUUUCUCAACUUUGACCUAACAUUCAUACCUAUAUAUGCAUCACAUUAUAUUCUCUUUGUGGCUAAGCAACUUUAUGUAAUGUGCAGAAAGGAGUAAGAAAUAGGUGAAGAAAUUAAAGACAGGAGAUAGAAAAGGAAAUAGCUAUAAUUUACAUGAACACCACUCACUAGACUUCCCCCUGUCUUUGUAUCCUUGCAAAUGAUCUUUGCUUCCACUGUUCCCAUUCAUCACUUCAUAUGUAGCCUUUUGCUUUUUAACCUUCUCACGCCUCUCUUUAUUCAGACCAUCAGUUCUAAUCAAUCAUUGACUUUCAGUCUUCCCCUUACUCUCCAGCCUUUCAUUUUUUCAUCAUGUAUUUAUUUUGAGAUUUGAUUCUGAUUCUCUCCAUAAAUAAUCAAAUUGCUCAACCAAAUUACUUUCAUAUUAUUCCCGUUUGGAUUCAGUCCACAUUCAUUUAACACCCUUCACUGUUGACCAUAUGUCUUCCUUUACUGCAUAUAGUUAUUAAGUACUGUACUCCAUUCCAGCUGCAUCCAAGUUUUUAUAUUUCUCCUAACAUACCCACCUCUCACUUCUGUACAGCAAAGUGGGCAGAAGCAAACUUAUAUGUAAUCAUUCAUUCCUCACAAUAUAACACUUGGGGGCCACUAUUCAUCAGCAUUUGUCCUAAAGUGUCUCCAUUUUCCCAUAUUUAGUAAGCAUUCCACCAAAGUUCACAAAUAUAUUUGCUUGCUCUAGUUUUUCUCCAUUUAUAUAGCUUGCAGUCAUUCACUCCAUUUUCUCUGUCAAACACAAUCACCUUAAUCUUUGAUACAUUAUUUUUCAGAACCAUGCCCCUUGUAGCAUCACAUAGUGUAACUAAUUGACUGUAAAUCAUUCAGAUGUUUAAUCAACAACAUAACAUGGACUACAUAAAAAAAAUGACUCAUUAACUAGUUUACCUCUCAAUGUCACCAUUACUUAUGCAUUUAUCUAUAAACACAUUAAGCAAUCAAGGACAUCACACACCCUUCUCAAUGUUCCAGCUCUUUAUCAUAAUUUGUGACCCUCAAGGAACUUGAAGUUUUGACUUGUCUGGGAAUGCAUGAAGAUUCUGUCACUUCAUCCCAUGCCAACUUAAUGGGUAUGAUGUCAGGUUAUUACCCUAGAGUAAAUAAUUUCUCAGUGAGAAUAUGCACUUGACAGAGCGCAGCUUGACUGUGUUUGUAAUCCGCGCAACCUACCCAGAGCGCACACCUGUAGGGUGUGGCAGCAUGACAGCACAAACCACUGUAUAUAAUAAAGUGCACCAUGGGUUAUAGUGUGGCUGGUGAUAGGAGUUGUGGCUGGUGGAGUUCUGGGAAGUAAUUAGGGAUUUGCAGGUUGGUGGUGUACAUUCUGUAUAUAUUGUACACUAAACAUCUGUGUGCAAGUUUUCUACAUUGGACUGUGGACUGUUUAUUUUGUGUCACGGAGCACCACUGCACGGAGUGUACACUGCACACCCUGACAUAUGAUUCCAAGUUUAAUGUUCUCUUCCUUAAUAAAAGGUGGGUGUUCUUAACCAAACAAUUGGUUGAUCAAACCACCACAGAAGAUUUUGCAAUAUCAUGCUGAAAUUCUUAAAGUCUGGGAGUAGUAUAUCUUGUCACUCAGUAAUUUGAAGGCUAGAAUUUGUGCCCUAGUAAAUCUGCAAUAAACAUAAAAGAUGUGAGCCCUACAUCACUUUUGAAGGGCAUUUUUAAUUAUGAUGAAAUACUGAGUCUUUCUUUGGGAUCUUUAUGGAAUGCAUGAUAAACAUGAUACUAUGUCAAUUUGUCAUUUACACUAUAUGCGUUUGUAUAAUUUUUCCUCUUUUUGCAGGGGUGGUGGUAAAUACAGCAAGGUCCAAGUUCCAAUUUGUAGAAUUUAAAAAUGACAGCCUAUGUGGUCUGCCUCUAAUGUCUCUCUCUAUUUUUCGUAGGGUUUUUUCCCCUAGAUUUUGUUGUGUUUCUCUAUUUUUCUAAAGGAGCUAGGAUUGCAGAAGUAAUUUCAUUACACUUCCAGAGAAGUCUUAAGUAAUUUUUCAACAGAGAGCCAUUAUUCCUUAAGGAAAUACCAUAUCAUAUCUUAGUUAUACAUGGUUUAGAUUACUGCAAUGCACUCUACAUGGGUCUACCUUUGAAAAGUGCCUGGAAGGCUCUGUGGCUGUAAAAUGCAGCAGCAAGGCAGCUAAUUGGUGCGUGAUACCUGAUGUGUAAUGUUCCUGUUGGAAGACUGGUCUAUUUGCCCAUUGUUUUUUAGACACAAUUUAAAGUAAUGGAUUUAACUUCUAGCUUAGAAGUCAGAUAUCUAAAGGAUAAUUAUCUUAGCAUGAAUCUAUCCAGGUAGUAAACUCAGCAGAAGAGGCCCUCCUAGAUGGCCCCUUAGAUUAGCUCGUGUCCCUCCCAACCUUCGUUUGGAACGCACUCCCUUGGACGUUAUGCUCAGUCCGAACCUUCCGAUUUAACCAGGGAUUUUUAUUUUGAGUUACAUGAAUCUUUAUUAUAAUUGUUUUGUGGGAAUUGAAGUAUUUUUGUUAUUGUUAGCCACAUU